CAUUAUUUCUUCAGGUACACAGAAUGAAAUGUUUAAUUGGACUAUAACCGGCUUGGAGUGGCCAUAGACAAGACUGCUAGCAGAGAACCACAGGUGACAGGACCCGUUUAUCCAUCUGUAUUAGGCCAGGCUUCAAACGGCCGUGAGGAGGCUGGUGAGGGCGGCUAAGGAGGCUGGCCACAAGAGGCUGGGGCGGUUUAAAGAGGUGCAGGUUUUCUUUGCGGGCACAGCCGCCAGCCCGACCGUAGGGAAAUAUGUAGGAAAGAUGCUGAUGACGAAAGAGGAGCUCCGUUUCGCAGAGGAGGCGGAGAAGGCUCGGGUGGAGCUGCGGCGAGCAGAGAAGGCCAUGCAUAUGCCCCCCACCCCAGCCUGGAUGCCAUCACGACCAGGCAUGGGGUCAAGGGCCGGUGCCUCUAUAGCUCCCCGAAACAACGUCUCCGGGGGAGGGUUUGGUGGGAGGCAGGGCAAGGGCCGGCCUUUCAGGUCCGGCGGCCCCAACUACCGAAGGGAUGGCCCGAGGGGAAGAUGCUUCAACUGCAAUGAGACGGGCCAUCACAUCAAGGACUGCCCCACCCCCAGUCUGGCCAGAGGCGGUAGACCAUAACAAGACGGGAAAGGAAAAACAAAAAGGAAGUGUAACAGCAUGUCACGCGAGGAGAGAUAAGGCUGGUCAAGGCAUACGGACAUGUAGAUCAGAUGGAUAGAUGUAGACGUAGUACUAAUAGUGUGAACGCAGACAAAAUUGGAAAAACGAGGAACCGGACACAUGAUAAUAAGACUUGGAGGUCAUCAUCAACACCUUUGAAUAAAGUCCUGGUAUCGCUAUCCUAUACAUGUGUGCGAGUGUUGUUUUGUUUGUGUGUUCAACUGAACAAGAUGGUUGUGUUUACACAUAGCUUUAUGCCCGAUCUAGACACAUUUUUCCCGAUAUUGCCGCAAUCCGCCGAUAUGGUUGAAGCAGUCAAGGUAAGUUAUGUCUGGCGGAAUAUACGGAUGUCAGGAACGGCGCACUCGCCGUUAAAUUUUUAAUCCAAAAGGUGUCUGCACGCGCAUAGUACUCCGCAAUUUCGCUACAUGAUCACUAAAAAAUACAAAUCACUAGAUGAAAUAUCGUAUGCUUCACUUGUCAUGCAAGUCCUUUUUCUGGUUUAUUAUUUAAUGUGUAGGAUCACUUUUUAUUUAAUUUGAAGAAGAAGUGGGUACUUCUUAUGGAUCCGUUUAAAA